AUGGACUUUACGUCCACGUAUAGCUACGCGUCGUGGAACAGCCUAGCCUUCUCACCAGGAUCGACGUUUCUGGCUUAUGUGGAUAGCUCCACUCGCAAAAGUGUGACGGUGCGCGUCGUAGGCACGCUACAAGUUGUCCGUUCCUGGGAACUGGAUGAACCGCUGGAUUCGUUGGAGUGGUCGUUGGAUGGGCUAUAUCUGCUGGUAAGUGCGUACAGCACAUUUCAAGGGGUAUCCUAUGUGCUCCCGCUCGACCCAGAUGCAAGUGUGACUGAUAACUCCGACGACGGUCGCGGAUGGAUCGCACGGAUCGAAGCGGCACAGGGCUUAGUGCACGCCACUUGGUUGCCGAUUCGACGCAUCCCUGCUAUUGUGCAAUUUUUUCCUUUUCACACUGCCAUUAUAUACUCGCUUGCUGACCAGUCUUGUACGAUGCUGCCGAAUACAGCUUUGAAUCGCGUGUGCGCACUUCCCUCGGAACACUUUGGUGUGGUGCAGCGCGAAAAAGAGUGUGAUCAGGUGUGUCUCUAUACCCCACACACUUCAGAUGCUCCGUCACUCGAGCAACCCGUCCAAUGGCAGUUGUACCGUGCCGUGCCCACCAAUAUGUCACAUACAUCGGGCAUAACCUGGAGCCCCGACGGCCAAUUUGUGGCCGUUUGGGAUCACAUACUCGAAUACAAACUAUCCGUGUACACGGCACACGGCACACCCCAAGUGGUUCUCACGAUCCAAGACGACGACGUGCCAAGUACUCAUGUACCGAUCUCGGCUGCCGAAUGCCGCUCGGCUUUGACUCCUCAAGAGACCGGGCGCGCACGUCGCGUAUCACUGCGCGCAUCACGUACUUCAUCGCGUCGCUUAUCGAGCGGCACAACGCGGCGCUUAAGUCAUGCGUUGGGCGUGCGCAUAGUGGCAUGGCACCCAUCAUCUGAAUUCCUUGCCGUCGGUGGUUACGAUGAUCACGUCCAUGUUCUGAGCCUGAGUGACUGGUCCCUUUCAUACUCUUUGGAUGUCAGUGUGACGGCCUUGAGCUGCAUGGAGAGUCUACCGCACAUAUGGGUCGAGCCGUAUCGGUGGUUUGAUGCUACAGGAGGCCGAGGCAUUGUGCCGAUGGAAGUAUCAACGGCUGCAGACGUCCCGACACUUCUGAAUACACAAACCUUGCAAACAGGUACCAACUGGAUCGCAUGGAAUAACGAUGGCAGUGUGCUAGCCUGUCGAAACGAAGGUAUGCCGACGGCCGUGCUUUUGUAUGAAUUCUUCGGUCUCCAUGAGCGCAGCGUCGACGCCCAUCUGCGACUUUUAGGCAUUAUUGUGCUUUCUUCACCUGUGCGAGAUGUCGUUUGGCGACCUGAGCAUGCUUGCAGUUUGGUCCUUGUGACUGGUCAGAGCUCUGUAUAUUGUUGGUCGAUGAAUGACACACAGUGUUGUGAGGCUGUGGCCAUUCCCAACGACAAAUUCCAAGCGUCGCAUAUCACAUGUUCUCCCGAUGGAAAAACGUUACUCUUGGCUGACACGCAUAGCUUCUGCUGCGUCGUGACAGCAACGGAAGACGCAGGGCCGAGCGGUGAAGCCGCCUCAUAG